AUGGAGCCGCUCCCUCCUGCCCCCUUCUGGGAGGCCCUCUACCGGAGCCGCCUGCAGGCCAACCUGUCCCUCCUGGGCGACAACCGCAGCGCGCUGGCCCCGGCCCAGCUUCUCAACGACACCCGGGACGGGGCCUUCCUGCCCCUGGGCCUCAAGGUCACCAUCAUGGGGCUCUACCUCAGCGUGUGCGUGGGGGGGCUGAUGGGCAACUGCCUCGUCAUGUACGUCAUCCUCAGACACACCAAGAUGAAGACGGCCACCAACAUCUACAUCUUCAACCUGGCCCUGGCAGACACGCUGGUGCUGCUGACCCUGCCCUUCCAGGGGGCAGAUGUCCUCCUGGGCUUCUGGCCAUUUGGGAACGCGCUGUGCAAGGUGGUCAUCGCCAUCGACUACUAUAACAUGUUCACCAGCACCCUCACGCUGACCGCCAUGAGCGUGGACCGCUACGUGGCCAUCUGCCACCCCAUCCGCGCCCUUGAUGUCCGCACGUCUACCAAAGCUCAGGCCGUCAACGUGGCCAUUUGGGCCCUGGCCUCUGUCGUGGGCAUCCCAGUGGCUGUCAUGGGGUCAGCACAGGUGGAAGACGAAGAGAUCGAGUGCCUGGUGGAGAUCCCGACCCCGCAGGACUACUGGGGCCCCGUGUUUUCCGUCUGCAUCUUCCUCUUCUCCUUCGUCAUCCCUGUGCUCAUCAUCUCGGUGUGCUACACCCUCAUGGUGCGGCGGCUGCGCGGGGUCCGCCUGAUCUCGGGCUCCCGGGAGAAGGACCAGAACGUGAGGCGCAUCACGCGGCUGGUGCUGGUGCUGGUGGCCGUGUUCGUGGGCUGCUGGAUGCCCGUCCAGGUGUUCGUGCUGGCCCAGGGGCUGGGCGUGCAGCCGGACAGCGAGGCCGCGGUGGCCGCCCUGUGCUUCUGCACGGCCCUGGGCUACGUCAACAGCUGCCUCAACCCCAUCCUCUAUGCCUUCCUGGACGAGAACUUCAAGGCCUGCUUCCGCAGGUUCUGCUGCGCCUCCGCCCUGCGCAGGGAGACCCCGGGCUCCGGCGGUGUGCGCAGCGUUGCCAAGGACGUGGCCCUUGGCUGCAGGACUUCCGAGACAGUGCCGCGGCCCGCGUGACUAGGCGUGGGCCUGCCCCUGGUGCCUGCCAGCCUGCAGAGCCCAUCCACACCCAACACGGAGCUCACACAGGUCACUG